GCAAAGCCGUCAUACUGCCCUGCUGUCACUAAAGUAUAAAUUUUCUGAUGCAAUUUGCUCCAUAAAAUAGCGUAAAUUUUAAAUUGUUCUCUCAUUCUUUGGGCGAAAAUAAUUCAAUAUGGAAGGCGAAGACGGUUUCGACCCCACUUUGUUAAAAAAGAAGAAGAAGAAGAAGACCACUUUUGACCUGGAUGCCGCAUUGGGACUGGACGAUGCAGCAAAAAAAGAAGAUCCUAAAGAUGAAGCAACCGUUGAUGCAACAGCAGCUGAACUGGACGAUAAUCUUGACUUAGAAAGCUUCGGUAAAAAGAAGAAGAAAAAGAAGAAGCCUUUUAAUUUAGAUGAACUGGAGGGGGCGUUGCCUGAUGGAGCUGACGACGUCACGGCCGCUGCAACAGAAGACCCUGAGGAGGAAGAGAUCAAUUUGGACAUGGACUUUACAAUGGCCAAAAAGAAGAAGAAAAGCAAAAAGAAAGACUUGGAUGAGUUGUUCGCCGACAAAGUGGAUGAUGAUAAAAGCGAAGACAAAGAGAACUUUGAGGAUAACAGCAGCACCUGGGCUGGUUCUGAUCGCGAUUAUACCUACGACGAGUUACUGAAACGCGUCUUCGAAAUUAUUCUGGACAAGAACCCGGACAUGGCUGCAGGCCGUAAACCGAAGUUCGUUAUGAGACCACCUCAGGUUCUGCGUGUGGGCACGAAGAAAACGUCGUUUGCCAAUUUCAUGGACAUUGCGAAAACUCUGCAUCGCUUACCAAAACAUCUGCUAGACUUUUUGCUGGCCGAGUUGGGCACAAGCGGAUCUAUGGACGGCAAUCAGCAAUUAAUUAUCAAGGGUCGCUUCCAGCCAAAACAGAUUGAAAACGUGCUGCGUCGCUAUAUUAAGGAGUAUGUCACCUGCCACACGUGCCGCUCGCCGGAGACAAUAUUGCAAAAGGACACGCGUUUAUUCUUUCUUCAGUGCGAAUCCUGCGGUUCUCGUUGCUCAGUUGCUAGCAUUAAGUCUGGUUUCCAAGCUGUCACAGGCAAGCGUGCCGCCAUUCGAGCAAAAACCACAUAAAUUAUGUGUAUAUUUUCAA